UGCCAAGCCCCCAUCAAAACUCACACAGGUGCGGUCCGGUCCGUGCGGAGAAAGUGUUGCCGGACCUGAGCAGCAUACGGGGCGUCAGUACACAAAGUGCUUCAUUUCCAGGGACACGCCUGACGCACGAGCUCGCGGCGCAAAUCAACUGGCUACUUUUGCAAAAACUACUAAAAGCCACACUCGGUCCCACUACAAUGAUGCUUUUCAGGACCAAACACAGCUCCUGUUCUCUUAAUCAUAAAUAUGAUUCCCACUCUCAAAGCUUGUCUCCUAAUAAAUAGCUUCACGCUUGCGUUAGGGGCGGUACUAAAGAGUCGUGCGGAGAAUACGACAUGUCAGUUCAACGUGAACCUGGAUACUGCGGAUAUUGCAAACACCAGUUAUGUGCACAUGAUGAAGAAUGCCAAACUUCCUGCUUCAGGAAGGACUUACCGCUACGCAAUUAAAGCCCCUCUCGAGAAAGAAAAGCCACACCUCUUGUUCCUUCACGGCUUCCCAGAGUCUUCGUAUAGUUGGAUAAAUCAGAUCGAAUACUUUACUAGGCGUGGCUAUGGUAUCAUAGCUCCAGACCUUCUAGGCACCGGUGGAACAGAUAAGCCCAUUGAACUGGAGGCUUACAAUCUAAAGACGAUGUCAGCUGAAGUGGCUGAACUGCUCGAUUGCGAAGGCAUUGAGAAGGUAGUUGCAGUUUCGCAUGACCUCGGAUCUUUCCUACUGUCCCGCUUACACACAUAUCAGUCCAAGUACCUUUCAGCUCUUGCUCUUCUAGAUAUCGGCUACAUAGGCCCUGGCGUAGAUCUGAACCAAAGCUACGUCGAAGCUUAUAACAGUAUAACACAAGCCGGACUCGGAUACCCUGUUCUUGGGUACUGGUACUACCAUAACGAACCAGACGCACACACCCUUAUGGAUGCAAACUUAAAUUCUAUGUACUCCCUGUACUAUACAUCCAACACAACGAAUUGGGUGGAACACUUCAACAAAGUCGGUAUGCUCCAAAAAUGGCUAGCAGCGGAUCAAACGGCGGAAUAUGGCAACGAGUUCAUCACCAACUCAACCCGAGAGCAAUGGGUAUCCAUCACUCGAGCACAGGGAGGUCUUGAGGCCCCUUUAAAAUGGUACAAAGCAUUCUUGCAAGGUAUCAACUCAGCAGAUGAGGACGACAUUCGAUCGACGUCGGGAAAAAUUGAGCAGCCUAGUCUCUUCAUCGCGGCGGAACAAGAUACAGUCGGUAUCCCAGCAGCCCAAUUGAGCGCCAUGCUGCCCUACGCCCCGGCAAUGCAGAUCAGAACCAUUGAUGCUGGACACUUUGUUCAUGUUGAGAAAGCUCGAGAGGUUAACGAGGUACUCUAUGAUUUCUUCCAGUCCCUGUGACAAUAAGAUUAUGUUUUGCUACAGAACUCUAGACCAGGUGCAGCAUUAGCGAACGGC